UCAUCGUACUCCAGUGUGAACAUUUACAUGAUGACAGAACCUCUUCACAUGAAGAACAAACAACAUCAGGUUGUAGGUGGAAGAACAGUAGGAGUAGAUAAGAGCUUUGUGUCUUCCUGCAAAUACUCCAUAACACAGGCAUUCAUUAAUGUUAUUAAUCAGAUCCCUCUGCAAAUAAUUCUGCUUCUAGGAAGAUCCAUGGAAGGCACAACUGGAGGAGGGGACUUGCUGUUGACGGCUGCAGCUGAUAAUAUAUCAUAUUCUGAUUCGAUUGAUGAGAAGCCAAAUAAAUCGCAAUACUCCUUUGAGAAUGCUUUCUCUAUUAGCUAUGAUGAGAGUCUCUUCAGCUCGUUAGUAUCACCCCGUCAAACAAAGACUUGUCAUCAGUGUGGUCUCUUUGGAUCCCUUAGAUGUUCACAAUGCAAGCAAAUAUACUAUUGCUCUCUAGAUUGUCAGAAAGAAGACUGGCCAAUACAUCGUGUUGUAUGUGAGCCAGUUAAACCAAAGUAAUCACCUGGUAAAACCAAGAAGGGAGCUCAUCCUAAGGAGGAAAUGAUGUUGAGUUUUGCUGUAGAAGUUGUUAUUCCAGGUUCUGACUACCUAGGUAAAGUACCUUUAGAAAUGAGGUCUGAUAAAACUCCAGGAACUGAUGCCAAAGGAGGAGACUCCCCAGGAGUGUCAGAAAACAAUUCCAAGAGAAGUAAAGCAAAAAUACCUCAAGAUGAAGACUAUCUUCACUGUGCUCAUUCAGCUGUAGAGGAUGUGUCUGUGUGUAUUGGAGAUGUGUUUUCUGCUAUGGUUUCUGGCAUGCAAAGUCCAGAAGACUUUUUCUGUCAGCCAGUACGCAACUGCCGUCAACUUGCUGAGCUUCAAGUGUCUCUUAAUGAACAUUGUGACAAACUUCCCAGUAGUCCAGCUUUCCGUCCUGCUGUUGGGAAUGUGUGCUGCGCCCAGUUCACAGAAGACAACCACUGGUAUCGUGCUGCUGUUGUAGCAUAUGUCUCUGAAGAGGCUGUUAUGGCAGAGUACAUAGAUUAUGGUAAUUCUGAAGUUCUUCCACUGACUAGGCUUCGUCCUGUGAUUCCAAGAUUAAUGGACCUGCCAGCUCAAGCCAUAAGGUGUACCUUGGCAGGUGUAAAGCGACCAUUAGGAGAGUGGACCUCAGAAGAUAUUUGUUUUAUGAAACAACUGGUGGAAGACAAAGUGUUCACAGUAAAAGUAGUGGGUAAACACAGUUGCAGAUCUGUGGUGGAGCUUGUAGAUGCAUCAGUUACUCCAGCAAUAAAUGUAUCAAGCCAUCUUAUAGAGAGAGGCUGUAGAGCUGAGGAACCAAGGAUGGCCUUGCCAGCAAUUGGAAUGAAUGAUGUUAAGCAAGCAAAUGAGGACACAACAAACAAAAGCAUUUGCAAGUGGAAUAAAUUAACUCUGGAACAAACAGUAGACGUUAUAGUGUGCACGCUGUACAGUCCUGGAGAAUUCUACUGUCAUAUUUCAAAUAACAGUGAAUUACAUGCUCUCAACUUACUUAACAAAUCAUUGUCUGAAUACUGCCAGAAAACUCCACCAAAUGUUUUUAAGCCUGAGAAUGGAGAACCUUGCUGUGCCUUCUUCUCUGGUGAUGGUUACUGGUACCGUGCCUUGGUGCAAAACGUUAGUUCAAGUGGGACUGUUAAAGUGUGCUUCGUGGACUAUGGUAAUGUGGAGGAAGUACCACUGGAUAAAAUACGUCAGAUCUCAUCCUCGUUCCUAAAACUGCCAUUUCAAGGAAUUAAAUGCUGGCUGUCAGGUAUAAAGCCUGGUAGCAGCAAAUGGAUUCCAGAAGCUACAGCAAGAUUUCAUACGUAUGCUGUAGGGAUAAAGCUUCAAGCCAGAGUAACUUCCCUUUCCAGAGAUGGAGCAGGUGUAGAGCUUAUUGACAAUUCCACAGGUCAUCCUAAAGUGAUCAAUGAGUUACUAACUUCUGAAAAACUGGCUGUAAAGGAGGUUCUACGAGAGAAAAAUAAGCUUCCAAACAAACCUGUUGACAAGAAAGAAACCUCACUUGGGCACUGGAAGGCAAUCAGAUUGGCUAUAGAUGAAACCAUGUCUGUGUAUGUAACAGAAGUUGUAAGCCCAGGCUUGUUCUACGCUGUACCAGUUAAAACUAAAGGUAAGAAAAAGUGAUGGCUGCAGUUGAUUGAACUACAAGACUAUUGUAAGUCUUGUAUUAAGGAGUCCUUCAAACCAAAACCAGGUGAAGCCUGUUGUGCCAGGUUUUCAGGUGAUGGCCGUUGGUACAGAGCUCUUGUUCUGAAAGCUUUUCAGUCUGUAGUGGAAGUCCUAUAUGCAGACUAUGGGAACAAAGAAACUUUACCACUUUCAGAGGUGCUGCCAAUCACUGAUUCCUACUUAAAGCUGCCUUUUCAGGCAAUUACAUGUUCACUUGCAGGCAUAGAGAAAGCUGAAUGGUCUCCAUUACUACCUGUCCAGUUGAAAGAAAUGUUAUUGAAUAAAGACAUCACAAUUACAGUGAAAGGGAUUAAUGGAAAUGUUAAUUUAGUAACAGUGGAGAAACUUUGGGAACAUGGGAGUCUGAAUGUAGCUGACAAACUGGUAAUGGAAGGUUUGGUCAAAUCCAGCAGUGCUGAAAGCUCACGUACUGAACGUCAAGGCAACGGAUGUGAGACCAAAUGCUGCUGCACGGAAUUAAAAAUACAAGUAAGAUUCAGUCCAAGCAAUACCCUCUACAUUUCCAGAAUUUAGAAGAAACCCCAUCUUAAAAAGCAUGAACAGAUCCUGCUCUUCCUUUUAAACAAGUAUGGGAAUCCAGAUGGAUUCAACGAAAUGAAACAACUGUUGGAGCACUAA